AUGUUAGCUGAGGCUCGAGGUCCAGACCCAAUGGGCUCAGGAGCACCAUGGCAGCCCCCCACCACUCGAAAGGAUCUCAAAGAGCCAGGGAAUCACAACAGGCAACAGGGAGGGGAGCACCAACGACAUGCAUCCAGCAAAAAAAGCUGCUUCUUAGGGUUGGAAACGAGGCCAGAGAUGGUUUGGGAGGACUGGGACCUUGGAAAAGAGUUCACCAAAACAUUAGUGUUAAAGAACAUUCAUAACAAGCUGCAGAAGCUCCACUUGAGGCUUCCAGUGUCCAAGUUUUUCACCACCUUAAUUCCCCAGAUAAUUGUUCUGAGCCCAGGGACUUCUUUCUCCAUCCCAGUCACCUUUAGACCAAUACAGAGGUGUGAGUAUGAGGACAGCAUUGAGUUUCAAGGUAAAGAUGGCAGCUUCCAAGUACAACUCCGUGCCAUCAUUCCCUGUCCUGCCCUGGAAGUGCCUGAUUCUGUGCUGCUUCCAAUCUGUGCUGUUCAACACUCCUCACAUACUACUUUCCGGCUGAAAAAUGCAAGUAAACUCCAGACAUGCUUCGAGUGGGUGUGUGCAGCGCCAUUUCAGCUGAGCCCUGAGCAGGGCUUGUUGAGGCCCAGCCAGGAGUGUCACAUCACUGUGGUCUUCCGGCCGCAAGAGGCGAUGGUGUACCAACAACAGGCCUACUGUAUGUUUGGAGAAGAUGGGGACAAGGCAGAGAGCUGCUGCACUGUGCUGCUGCAGGCAUUAGCUAAAUACCCAUGUCUUCAGCUGAGAAAUCCAGUCGAGAAAGAGGAAAAAGAUCAGGGGGGUCCAGUACUACACUUUGGUUCUGUGGCAGUUGGCAAAAGUUUGCAGAAAUACUUUGAUAUCUUCAACCCCACUCCUGUAACUGCAAUUUUCUCUUUGUCAUGGCUGUCUAGUGAGGUUCCUUUGUUUGGGUCAGAGUUCAGAUGUGAUGUCACCAGGGGUAAGGUGGUGCCUGGUGGAUCACUACGGGCUACAGUCACCUAUUCUCCUGCUACGGUGGAUACUGUUUCGGUUGAGUACUUGUCUCUAAAAUGCCGGGGAGCACUUAACGAAACCCUGCUUAAACUCACUGGAAGUUCUAUAGGUCCCAAAGUUUCCUUGUCCUCCUCUGUGGUGGACUUUGGCUGUGUGGAGGAAGGAGAAGCAGUCAUACAGACAGUGGAGCUGGUUAAUUCUUCUUCUGUUGAGACCAUCUACCAAUGGGACCUUGACUGUAAUGGGUACAGUGUGUUCAGUAUCCAGCCAGCAAGUGGCACAGUACGCCCACAUAGCCAUACGACACUGAAGGCAGUCUAUAGGCCGACACAGCCCAUUGCACACUACAGGAGAGUGGCAUGUCUCAUACUGCACAGGGACCCUCUGUUCCUUGACCUGAUUGGUACCUGUCACUCAAAACUCCAGAAACCAGCCAUUCUGAAACCUGAACACUUGGUUUUGUACAAGCUUCACUGUGCUCCUGUUGUUCCCAGAACUCCCAUGGAGGAAUUCUACCAAAUUUGCUUAGGGUGCACGGAUCCUCUCUUUUCCAGUUCUUCGUCCUCUUCGCAUGUGUCUGUGGUGCCAUGUGAGCUGGUGUUUAAUCACAAAAUGUCCUCCUCCUUGUCUGCUUCAUCUACUUCCUCUCAGUCUGUCUCCAUCAUCAAUCACACCAGAGGGAAACUCAGCCUGGUGUGGACUGUUGCCCAAGACUCUGCAUUUACUGUCUCUCCCUCAUCAUGUGACCUGCCUCCACUCAAGUCCACCUCAUUCAGAGUGACCUAUGACCCCAAGCAGCUAAACACAUUGCACGGAGCGCAACUCGAGUGUUUUGCAUACUAUAAAAUGGAUCACAUUGGUGAGCAACUGCUGUGUCCGCCUUGGUGUGUGACUGUCAGAGUCAUCGGCCACUCCUUUCAGCCUGGCAAAGAGCACUUCAUCCCGUGCUGCUCUCUGAAGCCCCCUCAAGUGGUGUUUCCAGCCCUGAGUGCUCUUUCCUAUCAAACAGUGCUCCUCCAGAAUGGUGGAGACCUGCCGCUCACUUUUUGUCUGGACCACAGCUCAAACCCUGCCCUGGCAGAAUCAUUGUCUGUAAUUCCGAACUGUGGUCUGAUCCAGCCUGGACAUCACCGAAUCCUCACCCUCAGAACAACUCCCACAGAAGACAGUCCGAAACAGGGGUUCAAUUUACUACUGCAGCUCAAUGCAGUUAAACACACAAAGGAACUGACAGUUGUGAGUGUGGUGGAAAAGCCAUGUGUGUCUCUGGAAGGAGACGGCAGUUUAUAUUUCCAGCCAACAGCUGUGGGUUCACGGACACGACGCUCCCACCACAUCAGGAAUCUCAGCAGUCUACCUCUACGGUUCCAGUGGAGCAUUCCGGACCAAGACCAGGACCUUAUCUUUGCUGAACCAGAUGCUGGUGAAUUACAUCCGAAUGAGAGCUCAGUCCAGACCUGGUCCUUCAGUCCGCUGGAGGAGAAAGCAUAUACACUCAAACCUACUCUCACCUUCUGGCCGGUCCAGACUGAUGGAUGUAACAAGUCACACCUCACCCUUAAAGUGGUGGGAAUGGGCUCCAAAGGCUUCAUAGAGGCAGAAAACGCUGUUGUGGAUUUAGAGGAGAAUCUAGUUGGAAGUUACCGGUCGAUUGAAAUUCCUCUGGUGAACAACAGCCCCUGUCCUGUGUCCUUUCAUCUCUCUGUACAGCAGACAUUUCUGGAUGAGGAACUUAUUUAUGACCCUGAGACUGAGCCAAGUGCUCUACAGCUGGACUGUGAGAGGGGCACCAUCACCUCACACUCCACAAUGCUGCUCCGAUGUACUGUUAGACCAUACAGAAGAACCCAGUACUUAUGGAAAAUCAGCUAUCAGACACUGAAUACUAGUGGGUUUGUGUCGUCUCCCCCUCAGCCAGUGUGUGAGGUGCGAGCUAAGGGUGUGUUCCCCACCCUACAGGUGACUGAUGUGUGUGGUGGUGGCAGUGUGGCCGGACUCAGCAAGGUGUAUCUAUGGAAACUCUUGUCAUUGGAUAGCCUCAACAAGCACCUGCUGUCUAUCCCGUCCUCUGCGGAACUUACUUAUGGAACCCCCACUAGACACAGUCUGCGCAGUUGUCCUUCCAUCUUCACCAAAACCAUGUUGGAUUUCAGCUUUAGUGCUGCUCCCAUGAAUUCAGACCCCUCAACUUUUGUGCUGAUGUUUCAUAACCCUGGUCCCAUCCCUGUUAAUUGGGCAUUCUUGUUUCCAGAGGACCAACAGAUAGAGAUGGAGUACUGGGCAGAGACAGGAGAGUUCAGCAGCACCGAGCUGUACCAGAUGAAGGUUCAAGACAACCGUCUGUUCAGCAUUUCUCCUCGUGCCGGAACUUUGUACCCAGGCCAGCAGAGGGCGGUACAUUUCAGCUACAGCCAUGACUUUGCUAGGACAGAUCGGUUUCCUGUUGUGUUCAAACUCUCAUAUGGCAGAGAGAUCUUGCUUAACUUCCAGGGGGUGACAGUGGAGAGAGACAGACCAUAUCUCCACUUUGCCUCCAAUCGACAUGUCUUCACCUCUGUAACUAUUGGGGACUGCAGUCCUCCAAGGCAGGUGUAUGAAUUACACAAUGCUGGUGCAGUGCCAGUCCAUUAUGAAGUGGACAGAGCUGUGUUGUCGCAGCUUCAGAUAGACAACUUUAACCAUCCAGUGCUGUGCUGCCUCAGUCCAGAAGGAGAGGUCCCUCCUGGGAAGACAGCCAUGCUGGAAUGGAUCUUUUCUCCACUGGAGGCUAAGAUGUACCAUAUGGAUAUUCCUAUCCACAUCCAGGAUGGGGACUCGACACUGGUCAGGUUUGAGGGGUGUGGGUUUGAUACUCCAUCACUGGGCUCCUCAAACCCAUUUAACUACAGUGAUAAUAAGCCACCUGUACCCUGUGUCCAGAGGGUGCCAUUCCCAGGACAGGUUGUAUUUCUGUCUGAGGACAGUGUCUCUCUAGGUGACAUCCCUGUGUCCUCACAAUCUUCAAGAAUCUUCUUCCUCACCAAUGUGUCUCACACAGACAUUGUCCACUACACAUGGGACCUGCCCCAGCAGAGCAACCAGCAGGUGGUGCAGAUUCGUCCAGAGCAAGGCAGUCUGUGUCCAGGGGAGAGUGCUCUUAUUGUCCUUACCUUCACUUCUACUGACUACCCCACCGUUUAUCUGCUGGAUCUCAUCUGUCAGGUUAUUCAGGAAGCCGCACUGACUCGGUAUCAUGAAUCUUUGCAGCGCUUGGAGGAGGAGAGAGAGAGACAGCGAGAUGAAUUCACUAUCACAGACAAGAAAGCUGAGCGGCGGGCAUGUCGGGAAACGACGAAAGUACAGAAGCAGCCUGAACCACCCCGACCUUCUCUGUUGCAUCUGGAGGUUACAGCACACUCCCACAGCCUUCAGGAGUACCUAACACAUUUUCCUGACCAGUUCAAUAAGUUUUAUAGGCGCCUCCAGUCAGUCAAGUCCCGGAAGUCUGAAACCUCUACUUCAAGCACAACCCUCUCCAUUAGUCUGCCUCCACCAACACAUGGCCCUGAGAAAGACUUCCACACACACAUACUCAACUCUCUGCUAAGGAACAUGCUUGAUGAUUCAGCCUUUGUCCAGUCUCUAAUUACUUUGGCCUCCAAGCCCAUCACCUACCAGCCCUUUCACUGCCCCACUGUCUAUCCCCCAACUUCCUCUCCCCCUAAACCUCAACCUCAAGUUCUGUUGAGUGGGACUAAGGCUGGAUCAAAUCAAGAGCACAACACAGUGGACAGGGAGGGGACUGCAGGGUGUUCGGGAAACACACCCCAAAGACAGAACACGCUGCACACUAAACAUGUGCCUGAUGGCAUGAGUGAAGUUGUUUUGCUGAACACCCUCCAGAACCUGAUGAUGGAAGCUGUCAGAGGAGAGCUUCUCCUUACAGCGCACCCACGCACUGUUAUCCUGCCACCUGUUUCUACCAGAACCAGGAGGAUGUCCAGAGCCAUGGCUGAGGAGAAAAACAGAAAGGAUAGUGUGGACUUAAUUUGAAUCCUCGCCAUCUACCCAUCAUCCCAAAGGCUCAUCUCACUCCAUCGUUUUCUGCAGUCUUCCUUUCCAUGUUCAGGUUGCUCUGACACGUGAUUUGUAGCUCUUCUGUAUCCCUCCGAGUGCCAUCCAUCAUUUUCUAUCCAUUAUACAGCUUUAUUCAUGUGUCUCUUCUUCCUAGCCCAAUGUCUCAGCAGUUGCUGUGCUUCAUCUUGCUUUCUUGUGCUGACAAGACUGCUGACUUCUCACAGACU